CAAAAGAAAACUUGUUCGGUUCCCUGUUCAUUUCUUUUUUCCACUUCGUAUCCGCACCACCUUGUCUUUGUCUUUCCCCCUUCACAAACCAACCGAUAUUCCAAUAACUGCUUCUUUUUUUUUUGGCUCAUCAGACGAUUCCAUAUGGAAAAUGAUCCUUUGCUUCCGUACGUAAGUCCCAGAAAGAAAAUAACGCCACCGCCACCUCUCUUUCCUCUCCCAGAAAACGAUGAGGUCUCUCUCCCUCUCCCUUUAACCCCAUCGGAAUUUAAAGAUAGACUCAUAUUUGGCCCUUCUCCUUCCUCUUCUUCUUCUCCAAUCGAACCAUCUCCAAUUUUUGAUGCCUUAACUUCAUCCCUUAACUCAACCAAACCUUCUUCUUCUUCUUCUUUUCAAGAAAAUGUUAUAAAUCUCCAAGACCCUCUUCUACAACAAAACCAAGUAACUUCACCCACAACAGCUUCAUGGUUAAUAGACCCAAAUUUCAAAUGGGAAAAAACCAAUCUUCACCGGUCCAAAACUGCACCAGCCAUGGCAGUUUUAAAUGAUGUCCUCCAUCCUUCAAUUCCCAAGCCUCAAUUUGGCUCACAAUCUGUUGUAAGACAAGCAUUUAUUCUUUUAGUAUUAUAUUUAUCACUGGGUGUUGUUAUAUAUUGGUUUAAUCGUCAUAAUUUCGUGGCUUAUGAAACUCACCCUGUCGUUGAUGCAUUGUAUUUUUGUAUUGUCACGAUGUGCACGAUUGGGUAUGGUGACAUUACUCCUAAUAGUGUGGCUACCAAGUUGUUUUCAAUAUUAUUUGUGUUGGUUGGAUUUGGUUUUAUUGAUAUUUUGCUUAGCGGGAUGGUUAGUUAUGUACUUGAUUUGCAAGAGAAUUAUUUGUUGAGAACUGUUAAACCUGAGGGUGAAAAGGACUCGGCCAGAUCUUAUAUAAUCGAUGUGAAAAAGGGAAGAAUGAGGAUAAGAAUGAAGGUGGGAUUGGCAUUAGGAGUUGUGGUUCUUUGUAUUGGAAUUGGUGUUGGUGUUAUGCAUUUUGUUGAGACUCUUGGGUGGUUGGAUUCAUUUUAUCUGUCUGUUAUGUCGGUUACCACUGUUGGUUACGGUGAUAGAGCGUUUAAGACAUUGCCUGGUCGGAUUUUUGCUGCUAUAUGGUUGCUUGUUUCGACCCUCGCGGUUGCUCGGGCAUUUCUUUAUUUGGCUGAGGCUAGAGUAGACAAGAGGCAUAGGACGAUGGCAAAGUGGGUGCUUGGUCAGGACAUGACUGUUGCAGAGUUUCUUGCUGCUGAUAUUGACAACAAUGGUUUCGUGAGUAAAUCAGAGUUUGUCAUAUACAAGCUUAAGGAGAUGGGAAAAGUAUCAGAGAAAGACAUUCUGCAGAUAUGUGAGAAGUUUGACAGGCUGGAUGCUGGCAACUGCGGAAAGAUAACUCUUGCCGAUCUUAUGGAGAGUCAUCAUUGAUAUGCAAGUAUCCUUGCUUAUAAUAUGCCUUAACGUACAAUGACUGGUGCCAUAGAAAGUCAUAGAUUCCAUCAAAUCAUCGACUAGAGAAAUGGCUGGUUUGCAUUCAAGGGUAGAAACUGGUCAGACAACCUUGGCCAGUGCCAUCUUUUCAGCAACUUGACUCAUGUGGAACUGGAUAGCCUUUUGUUGGUCGGAUGGUUGGAAAAGAUGGACAAGUCUGCAGACCAGUGGUAUAUACAAUUUUGUACAAUAAUUCUUUCCAUAAGCUAAUUGCAUUUAUUCUUUUGCUGGUAUACACUGGCUUUUCUCUUUGCAUUUAGAGUGUAUAACAUCGUCUUUAAAAUACCCAAAGAAGGGCCUCACCUGUCUCACUGUAUCUCUCGUGUCAGAUGUUACGUUACCCACA